AUGCGUUUCUCCGUCGCUGCUGCUGCUACCGCCCUUGUCGGCUCCGCUAUUGCGGCCGACCAUCUCGUCGUUGUCGGUAACGGAUCGCUCACUUUCGAACCCAACAAUGUCCAGGCCGCCGAGGGUGACACUGUCACGUUCAAGUUCUGGCCCAAAAACCACUCCGUCGCCCAGUCCACGUUCGCCAAUCCCUGCGAGCCCAUGUCAAAUGGCUUCUGGUCCGGCUACGUUCCAUCAACGAGUGGAGCAGCCACGGAGACCUUCAUGGUCGAGGUCACGAAUGCCUCCGCGCCCAUCUGGUUCUACUGCACCCAGGGCCAGCAUUGCACGAGCGGUAUGGCCGGCGCCAUCAACGCUCCUUCCAGCGGCAACACCGCCGACGCCUUCAUUGAGGCGGCCAAGCAGGCCGACAACAUCGCUGAGCCCGCCUCCACGGCCGGUACCGGCGGUAUGCUCAUGAACGGCACCAUGUCGUCGACCGCGUCCGGCUCCGCAUCGACCGCUUCAAGCACCGGCGCGGCGUCUUCGGUCAACGUGAACGGCGGCGUCGUUUUCACCGGCAUGAUGGGCAUGUUCGCCUACCUCCUGAUGUAA